UUGUUGGACGUUACAUUCUUCUCAAAUAUUAUCGUCUGUUGAGCUCAAGGAGGUUCCUCUGAGUUCCAGGAUCGCACCUCAAGAGCCACCGACCCGGAGCAACUCAAUAGCCGUUUUUAUCGGCGCGUCGCAAAUGAGCAACUCCCCUCAACCACCAAAUGACACCCGGCCACAAGCAAAUGAGCGUCCUUCGUUUCAGGCACCAAUAAGAGCCAGCUCAGCAAGAGCACUUCCCGGUUCCCUCGAACGAGCGCUCAGCCGAUCGCCCAUGAGAAGCCCGAGGCAACCGACUCAAAGUAACGCGCGGGCUGUUGGCUUGAGGGAUCGGAAGGCUCUUAGACCAUCAUUGACUUCGUCCGUCAGUCCACUGAAACCCCCAAGAAAGGCGAAGCCAUCGCCUCGACUAUCCAGCGGUCUCAAUGUCUUCGCCGCGCCACCGAGGCGAGUGUCAACUCGAAUAACCGCCUCCGAUUUGACCUUUCAGUCUCCCAUUUCGACACAGCAGAGUAUCGAGGCGCUGCGACAUAUCAACACACCGGACGACCAGCUGACAUCGGAGCUGGGAAGUGUAACUGGAGAUAUGGAUGUAAUCAGUGAUCCCAGCCAGCCUUCUCUACAAGAGAUUUUCGAAGAACCAGAACUUCCCCCCACGCCGACUCAACUGGGAUUGGAACGCCCUCCGGGGCGCUCAAAAGGGCUUUUGAGCAGCAGUCCUAAUUCACAACAAGCAAAAGCGGCGAGGCGACGAAAUACGGAGAACCCUGAGCAGACACCAUCGAAAUUGAGGAGCGUUGAUUAUGGAGAGGCAGAGGAUCCGACAGGAUUGGGAACCACCAUAGAUUGGGAUUCGUUCCCAGAGCACAUCCUGAAAAAGCGAAAACUGCGGGACGAGCUUUCAGACGAGCUGGAACAACUCAAGAAGGAGAUUGGAGAGCUGGAUAAUUGGUCAAAGGAGUUAAGUCAGUGUGAUGAAAGCGCUGAGCGUGACUUGACUAAGCUUAUUACGUUACUAUCAUCUUCUCAACCUACAGUAACAACAACCUCGGGCCCUCGCUCAACUGCGGCAUCCAUCUCGUCGCUCAUCUCGACUCUGCUUCCGUUUGCUGCCAAAGCCCCUCCGCCACCCUUUCAAAAUACAUAUCCGCUCAACGCAUUCGCAUUGCACGAGCAUGCUCACGAGAAACCCUACGUAACAGCUUUUGCACCUUUGCAUCUCACCGCAUUUUCGGAAUUUGUGCCAGGAACAGCAGCCCAGCCCUGUUUAGAAAAACAUGUUCUUACUUUCACCGCGCCGCAUCCGUUCCCUUCUAAUCGCCUCGAAGUAACCAUCGCGUAUGAGGCCAACCCAGAAACACAAACUCUGGUCUCAAUAUUAGUGCCGACCGAAAGUCAGACUGGCAAGACAAGAAUGCCCGCCUCGUUACAGCGAUGGACCGAUACCCGACUCUCCAAUCCACUCUUAAAACUUGAUGUUACGGGGCUUUGCUGGGGCAUCAACCGGUACUGGGUAGCUGCAAUAUUACGAGCGCAGCUAUGGUCUGAGAUGGAGGAACAGCAUGCGUCUUUGAUAUCAGGUCAAAAGGGAUCCAAUGCUCGCCCACUGCCGCACUCGGAUAAAAGAAGCACACCUGAUUUGCGGCGCAUUCUUCCCCACCUUGAGCGAACAUCUAUGCUUUUCCAAUCAAACACCAGAGGCCCUAGUCUCCUUCUCUCCUGUGAGCUGAAACUCGACGAAUGGACCAGCGAACCCCAGCUUGUCCCUGGAAUUAGCGUGUCGCUCAUUAGCACCUCCGGUGGGGGGAUUACUCCCAGUCGCAGAGUCGAGCGAGAAUGCAAGAAGCUAUUCCACACCAUGCUAACAGAACAGAACGGUAGCCAGCAGGAAGGAGUUACCUCUGAGGGCGACCCAUGCAAGAUUCAGACCGGCGUCAUCUUGCGGGCUACGCAGUGCGUCCUCAAGAUUCUGUUCGACGAGAAUGAUGCUAACAAUCAUCAUUCGGCACAUGGUACACUAUAGAGCUGAUCUGAGCUAAAGUCCAGGGUUGUGGGGCGCCAAUCAAGCAUAUCACAUCUCAUGUUUAUGACGGGAAUGAAAAUGAAUGCGUGGCGUUAUCGCGGGCCAAAAUGUGGUCAGAAAUCCUUUUUUUUUCUCCUCGAGGAAUGUCUAGAUCUUGGAUCUCCAAUCUAGGAGAUGAUUAAUUAUACCACGAGCCCCACUCAGGGAGCUGUGC